UCAGAACCGAGCCUCACAUCCGAGGGAGCCGGGCCACUGACAGCUCUCAGCAUCUUGCUUUCCACUCCUGCACCAUGAAAAUCCUGCUUUCUGACCUCCUGUUGCUCAGCCUCUUCUCCAGCGUGUCCAGCACCUGUCAGAAGGACUGCCUGACUUGCAGAGAGAAGCUCCGCCCAGCUCUUGACAGCUUCAACCUUGAGGUGUGCAUCCUCGAGUGUGAAGGGAAGGUCUUAGGCAGCCCUCUCUGGACUCCGUGCACCAAGGUCAUGGCCAGGGGCUCCUGGCCACUCAGCCCUGCUGACCCAGGGCACUCGGCGCCCGCUCUUUACCAGCCAAGAGCCUCCGAGAUGCAUCUGAAGAGAAUGCCCCGCAUCAGGAGCCUAUUCCAAGCACAGAAAGAGACAGAGCCCGGCAUGGAUGAGGCUGGAGACAUGGAGCAGAAGCAGCUGCAGAAGAGGUUCGGGGGCUUCACCGGGGCCCGCAAGUCGGCCCGCAAGUUAGCCAACCAGAAGCGGUUCAGUGAGUUUAUGAGGCAAUACCUGGUCCUGAGCCUGCAGUCCAGCCAGCGCCGGCGCACUCUGCAGCAGAAUGGUAAUGUGUAGCCGGAAGGGGAGCCCCUCCCAGCUGCACCGUCCACUUCAACCCAUGAGUGUCCAGGUGAUCCCCAAAACAGCAUGUCUGCAGCCCCAGACCUGCCGGCUGGGCCUCAGGAUUCCUUCCUCCCCACGGCACUGAGGCAUGCUUUGCCUCCGUCUGCACCCCCAAGGGUGCAGAACCACGCCCUCUGGUUGUCUUUCCCUCCCCCCACACUCCCCCAUAGCAUGUUUCAUGACAACAUUGUUGCUACAUCAGAGUGUAUUUUUGUAAUUCCUCCAGCUAACAUUUAAACAGGCCCAUCUUUCCUUCUUACCCGCCUCUUCCUUCUUCUAGGGGUGGGUUAAAGGAACAGGACAUCAGCCUGGGGUUUUGACUGGUCACUGCCAUAACUUGUUUGUAAAAGAGCUGUUCUUUCUGAUUGUUUUAAACAGCUAUUUCUCCAUUAAACUUCUA